ACUCAUUGUGUUCUAGGGGUGAUCGAACUUCUAGUAAAUUUGAUGGUGGCAAGAUGUCUGUGGAUGAUCUGUCAAUGCAUCAGAGAAUGAGAGUAUUACCUAACAGUGCAUGUAAAAUGGAAGCAAUAGACAGUUUCAAUAAAAGUACAUCUUUGGAAAACCAAAGCUUUCUAAUUCGAAAGUUUGCAAUAUCUGUUGAACCUAUAAGCCUCGGCUCCAUUGUGCAUGGAAAGCUGUGGUGCGGUAAGCACAUGAUAUAUCCAAAAGGAUUCAAGAGUCGUGUCAAGUUCUUUAGCAUGCUUAAUCCAUCAAGAAUCUGUAGCUAUAUUUCUGAAGUUCUUGAUGGUGGCUUAAUCGGACCUCUUUUCAAGGUUAGUAUGGAAGAACAUCCAAGUCAAGGUUUCACGAACAUGUCAGCAGAGAAAUGCUGGGAAUCAGUUCUGGAGAGAGUAAAUCGUGAGAUCAUCAGGCGCAGAAGCCAAGGGGAACUAAAACUUCCUCCAUUGGAGCUUCUGCAAAGCAUCCAUGGUUUAAAAAUGUUUGGGUUCCUUUCUCCAUCAAUUAUCCAGGGUAUUGAAGCUCUUGAUCCCAGUCAUCAAUGCAUAGAGUACUGGAAUCACAAGGAAUUAAUCUCUUCUGUAUCUUCCAGCAGUGCAAGUGAUGACGUUAAGUUUGUGCAUGGCAGUUCAAGUAGCCUGUCAGAUGAUGUCGACACCAAAUUUUUCGGCAUUGAUUUGACAAAGCUGGAUGAAAAUGAUGAUAAACUUGCAGGAGCAAAUCGCGACUCGUUUGAAGGGAUGAAACUUAUACUGGAAGCAUUGUUGAAGAAAGCGAGUCCUGAUGAGUUAAGCACAAUGCAGAAGUUACUGGGGUCUGAUGCUGAAAGUUCUCAGUGGAGAGUGGAAAUUGCGGCACUGAUAGAGGAGAUCCAGAAAAGCUUGUAGAUAUAGAAAAAUAAUAAGAUCUCCAUUAUUUCUGAUUCAUGGUAGUCAUACUCCAUUUAGCCAUUGAUUAGGUCCAUUCUUUGAUCAGAGGUACAUGAAAGAGAAGGUUGCUGGGUGAGGUUGGGACCAAAUUUGGCUAAUUUUGCUCACUUGUACCCCACUUAGCAAUAACCUGAUAAUAUAUGGACUAUGUCAUUGACCCAUUAGGCUAUUACAAAUGUAGUAGUACUAACUUUUCUCUUGAAAUGAAGUUUUCCUUUUCAAAGUCA